AUGCCUUCAGCAACUAGAUUAAGUCAUCGCCAUCAGCCUUCCAAUUCUUCUCUCUCAUCGACGUCAUCGUCUUCAUCUACCCGACCUGCUCUGCCACAAAUCUUGACGAGCUCAGCAACUAAUGCUGUGAACUUUUCUAGAAGUACAACGCCAACUUCACGAAGGGUACGAUCACAUUGGUUCACACACUUCGUUCUAAAUUGGCGCAGAAGCUCACGCUCUUCAAAAUUACUAUUGGGUUUGUCAAUGACCUUAGUUGGUAUACAAAUUAUUUCUAGCACGGCUAUCCUAUUCUAUUCGUGGGGCAUGUACUGCGAUAAACCAUUACGUAUAUUCGUAGCUGUUUAUAUUGUGCGGCUAAUCCUGAUAGCUCCUAUCAAUAUUUAUUUACAUUUGGCCCCUCGUCGCAGCAGACUGCUGACUCAAAGUAGUGCAAAUGGUAAUAAUUCUUCCCUUCGAUCCAGCGCAAUAAGAGCCGAACUCAGCGAAGCUUAUGCUAUGAGUGAACGAAAUCACAAUACCCGGCCGGUCUCCUUUCCUCCACCUGUUAUACCACUUGCCACAAAUCGAAAUCAAUACCCACCAUUUAUCACUCCUAUUCAGCAACAACAGUUACAACAGCAACAUGUUUCAACACAGCAGGUAACUUCAGGUAGUUUUCAAUCCUUCGAUGACAAUCUAGUGCGGUCUUGGAUUGAUAGGGCGAAAUCAGCAUUGGAUUUGUUUGUCGUUUUCUGGUUUAUCAUAGGCAACUAUAUGCUCUUUUCAUCAUCAACAUGUUCUGAUACGGCGCAACCUUUGUAUUAUUUCUCAAUGGUCCUUAUUGUAUAUGGAUAUCUGAUUUUAUCAGUUCCAGUAUUCCUUUUGGGUAUGCGUUUAUUGCAUGUCAAUGAUGGUGUAUACAUGGGAGGCGCAACCGAAGAUGAAAUAGCAAAAAUACCCGUUUAUCAAUUCAAGUCAACAAAUAGUCGCCCCAAUUCGGCGCAACAGAUGACUAUAGAAACAACUAAUAAUGUCAAACUCAUUAACCCUACAUCUAUGACACUCGACACUAAUCCAUGUAUUCCAGAUGCAUCUUCGAAAUUUGAAAGCAAGAAAAGCGGAAAACUGAAUAGCAGUGCCGAUGCUAAAUACCACAUCACAAUUGAUUUGAGUAAAUCAGAACAUCAUCAACAAAAACAAGAGAAGCGAAAUUCAGGUUUUUUAAACGGAUUAUGGCUUCGUUUAGGCCUAGUAGAACCGCCGUCAAAAAUCGAGCCAGAAUAUGAGCUACUUGAGAUACCCGAUGUUCAAGAUCAAAUUUGUGCUAUCUGCUUAUCCAGUUACGACGAUGGCGAUAUUUUAUGCAAACUCUGGUGUUAUCAUCAUUUUCAUAAAGCUUGUUUACAUGAAUGGCUUGUUUUAAACGUUAGAUGCCCUAUGUGCAAACAAGAUUCACGAGGGAAAGAUUUUGCAGCAUUGGAUAUGUAG